GCGCGCCGUUGCUCAUCGGUGCGGAGUAGUUUAUCGAUCAGCGUGGUUGUCCUUUACGCCGGCAGGUGGCCAGUGUUCGGUAUCCAAAAUUUCAUGCAGCAGCGUCUAUGACGUGAAAUUCCGUCUUUCCAGUGUUUUUUUUACCCGUUUUUUUUUCUUCGUAAUUUUUUUUGUUCUUUUUUUUCUCACUAUUUUUUUACCGGCCUGGAUCCAUCUUUACUCACCAUUGCUGCUGCUCUCCGUUGCUGACGUUGGGGGCCCUCCUGUCUUCCCGGCGGGUUUGUCAACUUUGCCACCCUGCUGACUGACGUCACACCUGCCACAGUGUUCACGGAGGAAGGGCUGUUUUUUUUUUAUUCCCUUCUGCACCUCCGGGGUAACCAGGGCCGGCCGCUGCAAUCCCACAACUCCUGGCAAGGCGACCAAAUCAGCAGACGAAACAACCGAACGGGAGCAGUGAGGGCCUGAACCGACGGGGCACGCUGGAACAAUACGAAGCCAUGGAAGGCGACGGAGGCAACAGCCAAACAAACCUCAUCAUCAACUACCUUCCCCAGGGCCUGACGGACGAGGAGUUCCGCAGCCUUUUCACCAGCAUCGGUCCCAUUAAGUCAUCGAAGAUAGUGCGCCACAAGGCAACCGGCUACAGCUACGGCUUUGGAUUUGUCGAUUAUCAGGGAGCUGGCGACGCGGCGCGUGCGGUUGAGUCUCUCAACGGCCUGCAGCUGCAGAACAAGAAGAUCAAGGUGGCAUACGCCAGGCCGGGUGGCGAGACCAUCAAGCACGCCAACCUCUACAUUCGCGGCAUCCCCAAGCACUUCCCCCCCGAGCAGGCCGAGAAGCUCUUUGCAGACUUUGGCCGGCUGAUCCAGUUUCGAGUGCUCAAGGACGACGCGGGACAGAGCAACAAGGGGGUGGCGUUCGCGCUGUACGAUCUGCGUGAGAAUGCCGAGGCUGCCAUGGCGGCGCUGACUGGCCAGACGCUUCCGGGCGCCACUGAGCCACUCCUGAUUAAGUUCGCGGAAGACAAUUCGAAGAAGCUGCGACCUCCGGGUGGCCGUGGGCCCCAGGGUCAGCUGAUCGGGCCCCCAAGCGCCGGUGGUGGAGGCCCCAUGCGCGGCGCCCAGGGCCGCUACCGUUACAACCCCUUGACGGGCUCCUACCAGUACCCGAUGGGAGGCAUGGCACCCGCUCCCACAGCAGCCGAUGCAGCUGGGCACGUGCUCUUUGUCUACAACAUUGGGACCGAUACGGACGAAAAGUCGCUGUGGCAACUCUUUGCCCAGUAUGGCACGGUGACCAAGGUGAACAUCAUCCGCGACACAGCCACGGGCCUGUCCAAGGGCUUCGGCUUCGUCACCAUGGCCAACUACCAGGACUGUGUGUGGGCCAUCGAGGCCUUAAACGGGUUCCGCUACGCGGGCCGACCGCUGCAAGUCUCCUUCAAGCAGCCCAAGUAAAAUUGAUCGUUAGGCUGGCAGUGGUCAUCGUUGGACAGUUGCAAGGGGCAUCGACUGCAGUUCUGCAAGUCAGUUCGUGUACCUUAAAUUAGCGGUAGCCACACUGGUUGGUUCAAGAAGGCAUUCCGAACUGUUUGCAGGACUCUGGGGCGCUCUUCUUGCAACUCGAAGAACCGUGUCCAUGUCUUGUUGGUGACUGGCAGUGCUAUGCGCCUCCUCCAUAUAUAUUUUUUUCUCUUAUUCAUUGUUGAAUUGUUUUUCCGAGAACCGCUCUGGAUUGGCUGUACGCUGCCACAUGUCGCCUGUGUGCUAAGAAGAAUAUGGCUGGCCGCCUCUAGGGACUGGUAGCGUUUUGGGGGGAUGGUCUUCAGUGUGCAGUUUUUCUUUUUGUUUUUUCUGCUGCCUAUGAAUUUUGACUUAUUGGACAUCAACCCAACUUGUUUACCCCAUCUGGUCUUGCUCAAGAAAAAUUGCAUUGACAGCAGAGCGGACAGACUGUGCCCCCCUGAGCUUGUGGGGACUGUCAGACAUUGUUGCAUCCCCCGCUUUUUUUUUUUUUUUUUUCUUGUUUUGAUCUUUUAUCAGUGUGUCUGAGUGAGUGUGUGGUUGUUCAUUCCUUCUUGUUUUUUUUUGCUUUCUCAUGCGUGAAUGCGCCAAGUUAGCAAGGUUCGUGUGAAUAUCUUUUUUUUUUUUUGCUUAGCUGAAUUUUUGGGAAAAUGUACUUUUUUUCUUCUUUGUUUAGCUUUCCCUGGGUUCAGGCAGGCACGAGCCUUUGAGGUUGCUGUGUGAUCGUUUCAUUUUUUCUUGUUAUUACUUUUCACAUCUGUUGGCCAUUGUUAUGAUCUUCGAAGGGACGUCUAGGCAUCGAACAUUGUGGGCGUACGGGUCCACUAGUGUGACUCGUGUAGUUUCAUUCUUUAUAUAUAUUUUUUUCUUUUCAUGCCAUUUUGCACAGUCAGCUUUAUUUUAUUCUCCUGAUUGGAAGAGACAUUUCUAAUUGUCUGCAUGAGAACGUAUUACCAAUGUAUCCUGAAUAUCCGCGCAUCAGCUGAGAAUGCUCCUCUACCACCCCGUCUUGGGCAAGCAUGAAGAUUAUGAAAUAAUAAAGGCCCCUCAGCA